CGCCUGGGAGGCCGGCCGAGCACAGCCGAGCCCGGCGACAGGCGCGGCGCAGCGCGGCGGCUUUCCCGGCGCUCCUGAGGAAAAGUUGGCGGCCGGGCGGGAGGGCGAGCGGCUGGGCUGGGGCGCCGCGGGUCCCAUGGAGGGACGGGCGCUGCCGCAGCCCGAGCGGGAGGCGAGGCGGAGCGCGCGCGAGCGGCAGCCCUGAGCGGCGGCGGCGGCGGCGGCGGCGCUCGGUUCCCCGGCCGGGUCUCCAUGGGCGCUGCUGGCGGGGCGCCUUAGGCGGGCGGGCGGGCGGGCGGCCGCCGGGCUGCGUCAUGGCCAAAUGGCUCAACAAGUACUUCAGCCUGGGCAAUAACAAGACCAAGAGCCCCCCGCAGCCGCCGCGGCCGGACUACCGGGACAAGCGCAACGGGACGGCGGUGGCGGGCGGCGGCGGCGGGCCCCACGGCCACGGGCAGCAGCAGCAGCCGCACCACCACCACCACCACCACACCUCGCCCUGCUUCCCGCGCCACGACACCAGCGACCUGCUCCGCGCCUACCGCGCGCAGAAGGAGCGCGACUUCGAGGACCCCUACAGCGGGCCCGGCUCCUCGCUGCGCAAGCUGCGGGCGCUCUGCCGCGCCGAGUACUGCGCGCCCGAGGAGCUGCUGGCCGAGCCCGCCGGCCCCAAGCCCUUCUCCUCGGCCUCCUGCUGCGGCGGAGGCGGCGGCGCGGGGAACGCCAACGCCGCCGCCGCCAACGCCGUCUCGGCUUCGCCGCAGCUCUUCCGCAGCCACAGCGAGCGGCGAGCCGCCACGCCGCCCGACAACGGGGCCGUCAAGUACAUCUCUCCCAAGCACCGGCUCAUCAAGAUCGAGAGCAACGAGGGCGGCAAGGGCGGCGGCGGCGGCGCCCCCAUCACCUGGAGCCCGCCCGGCAGCGCCGGAGCCGGCCCCAAGAAGCUCAACAAGUGCGCCGAGCAGGCGGAAGGCGGCGGCUCGGGCUCGGGCUCGGGCUCCAAGAAGGAGAAAGUUCUAAUAGCAGAUGAUUACUCUGACCCAUUUGAUGCCAAAAGUGAGGGGAACAAGAUGGGCAAAGGAGAAAACACUGGCUAUAUGGAACCUUACGAAGCCCAGAGGAUUAUGACCGAAUUCCAGAGGCAAGAUAGCGUGAAGACCCAGCCGAAAGACAUCCAGCUGUACGACACGCCUUACGAACCUGAAGGCAACGGUGUGGAGUCGGAUUCUGAAAGUGUGGUGAGUCAGCGCCUGAGAGAGAGCAAGUUACCACAAGACGAUGACCGGCCUGCGGAUGAAUACGACCAGCCGUGGGAGUGGAACAAGGUCACCAUUCCAGCCUUGGCAGCUCAAUUCAACGGGGGAGAAAUGAGGCAGUCUUCUCCUUCCCCUUCCAGCGAUCGGCGUUGGCAGCUUCGAGCGCCCGGAGGAGGCUUCAAGCCCAUAAAACACGGUAGCCCUGAGUUCUGUGGGAUCCUCGGGGAAAGAGUGGACCCAGCCAUUCCACUGGAAAAACAAAUAUGGUAUCAUGGGGCAAUCAGUCGGACGGAUGCAGAAAACCUGUUGCGGUUGUGUAAAGAAUGUAGCUAUCUCGUCAGGAAUAGUCAAACCAGCAAACAUGACUAUUCUCUUUCGUUAAAGAGCAACCAAGGGUUUAUGCAUAUGAAGCUGACCAAAACCAAAGAGAAAUACAUUUUAGGCCAGAACAGCCCUCCAUUUGACAGCGUUCCGGAAGUGAUACAUUACUACACUGCAAAAAAACUCCCAAUAAAAGGAGCAGAACACUUGUCCCUUCUGUACCCUGUGGCUGUCCGGACCUUAUAAUUGCUCUGACGAGGCUCCUUCCUGUGGAUUGGAGACUGUGGACGAGGGAUGUGGCAGCCGGGAUGCUCCUGCGGGGUCCGUAACCGUUCCUCACAGUGGAGAUGCCCACUCCUGCCUUUCUGGAAGACGGCGGCUGCCAUCAGCAGAACGAGGGGCAGUUGCCUGAAUGGCAUCUCUGCACUGCUUUGCAUCCCUGCAUGGAACGAGGCUUCUGUUUAGAUGAGAGGCCGUGAAAUGGGAUUCAGAACCCGAAGAAAUGGGUCGUCAUCAAGGACUCCCCACCCCUCCGUGAAUGGAAAUGUUGCCUAGUGCAAAGAAUGGCCUUCAGAACUUCACUUCCUGCCACCAACAACCUCUCCUACUUGUGUGUAGGGAGCUGCCCAAGUGGAAUCCGCAAACGGGCACAGACUCCUGCAGGUGGGGGGGGGGGAAGAGGGCUAAGAGAAAACUGGACCAUUCAGCGCCCAAGAACUGAGAACUGCUCCUUAUGGACCUGAUUCCAGAACUGUGUUGUUUUGGUAUGCUCAGCUUAAUUCAACACAGAGACCGUGUUUGUUUGGUUUGGGGCUGGUUUUUUUUUUUUUACCGCAAUGCUGAUGUGUUUUGAAGAUCUUGAUAAAUAAUUUUGCGAUGGCAAAAAAAGUGUUCAGUUAUUUAUGACUAGGGUAUGUACUUUAAAUAGUGGUUUAAUAUAUGCACCCAUCCCCUUUUUUUGGUACAAUAAUAAAGCUCUAAGGGUUUUCUGUGCUAAUUCCUGGAUUAAAGGCAGUGAGUGAGUUCUGUUGUGUGUGUCGAAUGUGAAUGGGGGGUCCUGGGGAGGGGCACAGGGGGGGUAGGAUCUUUAGGAUGAGGGUAGAUGUUUACAUGGCUGGAUUUCAGACCAAAUCAGGCUUCUGCUGGGUGGGAUCUUUGAGUUCAUAUGGGCAACAUUGCAAGGAUUGCUCCACACCAACAGGCUAGACCUCCCCGCCCCCCCCCCCAAAGGCCUGUUCCUCCUUGGGGUCCAGGCAGGCCAAAGCCUGUGAUUAACUUCUUCUCCAGCUGCAGGGCGCAAUGCAUCAUGCAGCCAGAGCUGUUUCCUGACUUCCUUCAAAGCUCUUGAGUAAAAAUGGUCUCUUUCUCCUGCACAAAAAUGUGGUUCGUUAGUAUUCCUUUCCUGCCUCCAUAGCCAUUGGAACGGCUGCAUUAGAGGAUUUCUUGCCCAUGUUGGCUCAACUGGAGUUGGCUUCUACCUCAUCUGUUCCCCUGCCUCAGCGUCAGCUCGGUCUGGUGCAUGUUGUUUGUGACUCCUGAACAGAAAACCUGGUGCACACUCAGAGCCAAGCUACAAGUGAUGCCUAA